AUGAAGGUCCUCAUCUUUGCCUGCCUGGUGGCCUUUACUUUUGCAAAGCAGACGAUAGAAAGCAUUUCUAGCAGUGAGGAGUCUAUUACCCACAUCAACAAGAAACCUGAGAGGUUCGAAAAUUACAAUCAGCAGCAAAAAGAGGAUGAACGCCAGGACAAAAUCCACUCCUUUGUCCAGCCACAGCCUCUUUUCUAUCCUUAUGCUGAGCCCAUGCCUUACCCUGUCCUUCCACAAAACAUCCUGCCUCUUGCCCAGCCUGCUAUGGUGCUGCCUCUCCUUCAGCCUGAAGUGAUGGAAGUCCCCAAUACUAAGGAGACCAUCAUUCCUAAGCGCAAUGUGAUGCAAUUGCCUAAAUCUCCAGUAGUGCCAUUUCUUCAGCGCCAGAUCCCAAACCUCACUGACCUCAAAGCACAGCUUCCUCUGCCUCUGCUCCAGCCCUGGAUGCCCCAGAUCCCCCAGCCUCUUCUUCAGACUCCCAUGCUUCCCACUCAGUCCCUGGUCUCCCUUCCUCAGUCCAAAGUCCUGCCUCUUUCCCAGCAACUGCUGACCUACCCCCAGAGAGCUAUGACUAUGCAGGAGCCUCUGUUUGACCUCAACUGGGAGUUCUACCCUGUGGCUCAGCCUAUGGCCCCAGCUUACAACUUACAACAAGUUUAA